CUUCGCGUUUGGUUGUGUACCGUUCACCAUUUCUACUUAAUUGUUUCUUAUUUGUGUUUAUUUUAUUAUCUAAUGUUAAAAUAGUGUCUGUGUACAUCCAAAAUGCCUGUGUUCCACACGAAGAUCAUCGAGAGUAUACUGGAACCGGUCGCGCAACAGGUCUCGCGGCUGGUUAUCCUACACGAAGAGGCCGAAGAUGGCAACGCCAUGCCGGACCUGGCGCGGCCCGUGCAGGCCGUGUCGCUCGCCGUCAACAACCUCGUCAAGGUGGGACAUGAGACCAUCGAGUCCUCAGACGACGCUAUCCUCAGACACGACAUGCCCGGAGCCCUACGAAGGGUGGAAGGUGCUGCCACACUGUUACAACAAGCUUCAGAUAUGCUACGAGCUGAUCCCUAUUCUGGUCCCGCAAGGAAAAAGCUGAUAGAAGGUUCGAGAGGCAUCCUUCAAGGAACGUCGGCUCUUCUCCUCUGUUUCGACGAGUCCGAAGUCAGGAAAAUCGUCAAGGAAUGCAAAAAGGUGCUAGAUUACCUUGGCGUGGCAGAAGUGAUAGAUACUAUGGAAGACUUGGUGCAGUUCCUGAGGGAUAUAUCGCCGGCGCUGUCGAGGGCCGCUAGAGAGGUAGCGGCCCGCGCAUCGGAACUAACCCACCCUCCUCACGCAGAAACCUUGGCGCGGUGUCUUGAGAGUGUAAAGCAGUUGGCACCCGUGCUGAUCUGCUCUAUGAAGAUAUACAUACACAUCCUCACUGAAGGUGGCAAAGGCAUCGAAGAGGCGGCGCAGAACAGAAACUACCUUGCACAGAGGAUGGCUGACGAAAUCCAUGAAAUCAUCAGAGUACUUCAGCUGACAUCGUACGUGGAAGACGGGGGAGAAAAGGACAACAUUGCCGUCCUGAAAGCGCUUCAGACUCAGAUACACGGCAAGAUGGCUAACGCGCAUGAAUUCCUCAAUGAUCCUGACGCGUUACGCAACAGCAGCGGUGAGCGAGCGCUGCGCUCCGUGCUGACUUCGGCUCAACGCGCUGCGGAACACCUCGGACCGACCCACGCCGAUGCUAUCCGUAGACUUGUUCGGUCGGGUGGAAUAAACGCUGAUCAACUGUGCGAUGAGAGACAGUACGGCCAUGGAAGAGAAGCCAAGGCAUUAAAUCUAGCCUCAGACCUCCGCAACCAAAUCAACGAGGUGGACUCCAUAGUUAACGAAGGAGUCCGUGCCGCGGAGCAAGCCGGAGGAAAAACCAUGAGAGCCAGGAUGGAGACCGCUCAUAAAUGGCUUUUGCAUCCUAACGCGGACCCCCACACGAGGGUCGAGGGCCAGAAGGCGAUUAACAGCAUCGUUUCUCAGGGACAGAGGAUCGCGGAUGGGCUUCAAGGGCGAGAAAAGGCUGAGAUCCUCCAACUGUGUUCUGACGUGCAACGUUUAUCUGACAAGUUGGCUGACUUGUGCGCCAGCGGACGUGGCGACUCCGAAGAAGCGCGAGCGAUCACCAGGGAGCUGACAGAUAAACUUCACGCACUUCAACGCGCCAUGGAUCGCGCCUGCGUCAAUCGUGUGGUAGAAGAUUUCAUAGACGUCGCCGCGCCACUGCGUCACUUCACUGAGGCCGUCAACGCACCUGAAGGUACCCCCGGCCGUGAAGCCAACUUCCACGACAAAGCAGCUGCCUUACAGGCAUUCAGCCAACGAGCGGCCGCCACUGCCCAUAUGGUAGCGGCUAACUCGCACCAUAAUAAGAGGCUUGCUGAUCAGCUCACGCACCAUGCUAGAGAGGUUGAAAAACUGUCUCCCCAACUGGUGGCAGCCGGCAAGAUCAGGCUCAACUAUCCCGAUAGCAAGGUGGCAGAGGAGCAUUUCAACAAUCUGAAAAACCAGUACGCCGAUGCUGUUCUGCGCGUGCGUGACUUGUGCGACCAGGCCGUCGACCCGCUUGACUUCGUACGCACUGCCGGCGAGCUGAUGCAGAAACACACGUAUCUGUGCGAGGACGCCAUACGCAACAACGAUUCGCAGAAGAUGGUCGACAACACCUCCGCUAUCGCCAGGUUAGCAAACCGCGUUCUCCUGGUCGGCGGCGCCGAGCGCGAAAACACUGAGGACGCCGAAUUCGCUCGCGCUCUAAACAGCGCACAUCAACGCUUGCAAGCGGCCAUCGCCCCGGCCGUGCACCGCGCUAAGGCCGUGGCUUUGGGAGAUUCUUCACAAGCGCCCGCGUGGCGGCAGGCUAACUCUGAGAUCAUCAACGCAGCUUCCGCCGUAGAAUCCGCCCUCUCCCGCCACUACGCCCCGCCACCGCCACCACCGGCACUCCCCGAGGCGCUCUCCGCGCUGCACGUGUCCAAGCAGCAGGCCCCUCCCCGCCCGCCCCCGCCCUCGAGUGGCGCCCCGCCCCCGCGCCCGCCGCCGCCCGACACUGAUGAUGAGGGCGAGGACAUAUUCAGCAGGCAGCCGCAUCCCAGCCAACCUAUUCUGGUGGCAGCGCACAACCUCCACAAGGCCGUUCGCGAGUGGUCCUCCAAAGACAACGAGAUCAUCGCCGCCGCCAAACGCAUGGCUAUCCUUAUGGCGCGCCUUUCCGAACUCGUACGCUCCGAUUCUAAGGACUCCCUGCGUGCCAAACAGGACUUCUCAAAUACAACCUACCGCGCGCUUCUAUAUAGUAGCAAGCGUGAGCUGAUCGCAACGGCGAAGGCGAUCGCCGAAGCUUCUGAAGAGGUCACGAGGCUCGCCAAGAAACUUGCGCUGGAGUGUACGGAUAAGAGAAUUAGGACCAACCUGUUGCAAGUGUGCGAGCGCAUCCCCACCAUCGGCACGCAGCUCAAGAUCCUGUCAACCGUCAAGGCUACCAUGUUGGGAGCUCAAGUCGGCAUGGCGGAUUUCAAAGGAAGCGAGGAGGACCAGGAGGCGACAGAGAUGCUGGUCGGAAACGCACAAAACCUGAUGCAGAGUGUGAAAGAGACAGUAAAGGCGGCUGAAGGCGCCUCCAUCAAGAUCAGAACUGAGCAGGGUGGCUACAGGCUUCGCUGGGUGCGCCGCUCACCAUGGUACCAGAUCUAAAUGUAUGCGAGAAGUAAAUGCGAUAUUUUGUCUUUUGCCACAGCAUAAAAAUGUACUUCUAUACAACCAGAUCUGUAAAACCACAGACUAGAAUAUAAACAUACUCCAUCAAGAUCAGAACCGAGCAGGGAGGCUACAGGCUUCAUUGGGAGCGCCGCUCACCAUGGUACCAGAUAUAAAUGUAUGCGAGAAAUAAAUGCAAUGCUUUGUCUUUUGCCACAGCAUAAAAAUGUACUUCUAUGCAGCCAGAUCUGUAAAACCACAGACUAGAAUAGAAACAUACUCCAUCAAGAUCAGAACCGAGCAGGAAGGCUACAGGCUUCGUUGGGUGCGCCGCUCACCAUGGUACCAGAUCUAAAUGUAUGCGAGAAGUAAAUGCGAUAUUUUGUCUUUUGCCACAGCAUAAAAAUGUACUUCUAUACAACCAGAUCUGUAAAACCACAGACUAGAAUAGAAACAUACUCCAUCAAGAUCAGAACCGAGCAGGGAGGCUACAGGCUUCAUUGGGAGCGCCGCUCACCAUGGUACCAGAUAUAAAUGUAUGCGAGAAAUAAAUGCAAUGCUUUGUCUUUUGCCACAGCAUAAAAAUGUACUUCUAUGCAGCCAGAUCUGUAAAACCACAGACUAGAAUAGAAACAUACUCCAUCAAGAUUAGAACCUAGCAGGAAGGCUGGCUUCGCUGGGUGCGUCGUUCACCAUGGUACCAGAUCUAAACGCACAAUUAACGCAAUGGUACCAGAUCUAAAUCCCUACCAAGAAUCAAUGUAAUAGGUGAAUGCGUGAUACUGAUACUGUCAGCUCCCUAAUAUGUAUAGGCUUUUCUAUACAGCAUUAAGGCGAAGGAAAGGGGUACUUAAGUUGAGUACAAACAGCAACUGUACAUCGGUGGACCUUAUUAUAAAAAGCAAAAGGUCCACCGAUGUACACAGUCACAGAAUAAAUAAUAGUACUAUGUACAGAAGAUUCACUCUCUAACCAAACGCGUCUGUUACGAUUAGGACAGAUAUGACCGCUAGGUGGCGACAGCGCCACGCGCGGCUUAUGGCUAGCCACCAAAAUUGGUGUGGGACGGAUGUACUUGUAGCUACCUGUUGCAAAGCGACGAAAUCGCGGAGUGAGCCACGCCUGACACAGUUAACAGUGUGAGCAAUGCUACAAGAUCUGAAUCUCCACAAUCAAUAUAUGAAUACAAUCAACAAACACACAGCAUGAAAAUGUGUUAGGUAUUUAAUUUUACUUAUAUUUUACCAGUUCUGUAAAGCAUAUAAGUGCAGAUUACAAUAAUAUAAGCAUAUUGAACUCUAUCGUCUUAGUUUUAAAGUUCAAAAUGUAUUUGGAAAGCUGCACGAGAUCGCAUAAUAUUUAUAGUUAUAGCUUAUCUCUUAUCGUAUUAUCUUAUGUUGUCGUGCUAAAAUGAACCUUAAUGUACUGCUACAUUAAAAUUUAUUUUUGUACGUUCGAUUAUGCAAUACUAAUAUUUUAGUAACACUUUCGUAAGUUAAACAUUUUUUACAUUUGUGUUCGUUCACCGUCAAGACGUAUCAAGAUAAAUUAAACUUUAUGUGUAUUGUACAAGGAUAAAAAUCGCUUGGCGGCUGGCAUUUUAUUUACAACGAAUUUUGUUUUGAACAAUGUGUGAUGAGGAAAGUAAGUGCCAUGUGCUAGUGCUUUAUAAUGUAAUCUAGGUGUAGAAAUUGGUCCUAAUAAAAUGUGGCGUCCCACGGGAAAAGGUACCUUAUGGCGGUUGGCGCUUACGCUAUUAUUAACGUCGCUCCAAUAUUGCGGCGCUAUGCGACGUAAGCGCCAGCCGCCAUAGGGUACCUUUUGUCGUGGAACGUCACAAAUGUCUUCGAACACUAUUAGUAUUAUUCUGGUUAUUACUGAAAAUACAAGCGACUCAAAAUAAGUACAACUAAAUAAUUGUUUUGCGACUUGGCCUUCAUUUUUCUUGUGUCAUAUACUGUUUUUAAAGGAACUUUUACAGUACAUAUGGUGCUAUUUGGUGCUACUUUACCGCCCUAGUGCGGUAAUUUGCAUAUUACGUGCCUAUGUCGAAGAUUUAAAGGGCUACAUGUACUGUAAAAUGUUGUACUACACACGUGCGAAUAGGUAAUUUCCUACUUUUCGUACUUGUAUCGUAAUGUACUAUUACGGUAUAAAUAAUUUGGCAGCUAGUAAGUUUUUUUUUCUACUAAUGGUGUUCGAAAACCGUAUUUUAAUUCAUAUCAUGUAUUUUUGUAUACUAUAAUUAAUUAAAUAAUGUUACAUUUACAAGAAUCUGAUCUGUUCGUGCUAUUUCGUAAUAUAUAAUAAUAUGUAUGCAUAACAUACUAUAUUAAAUGUAUAAUUAUACUUCGUGUCAAAUAUUUGUAUAAAAAAGGUUAUUAACUCUUGCUAUAGUCAUAAGUCAAUGACCUUUUUUAUUAGUACACAUUGGUAAAGAAGUACACUAAGUAGCAGGCCUUUAAAUAUCCACCCUAUGCCUUUGAAUAUAAGGUUGAAUUUUAGGCGCGUUAGUUACAAUUAAGAAUGAAUGUAGUUUAGUAAGAGAGUUAUAUGGUGCGAUUCAUUUUGUAUUGGACAAAGACAAAUAAAAACAGUUUUUAAUUUUAUAUAUGAAUAUAGGUUUAUUUUAUGGUCUUCCCAAUAAGUUGAUGUCGUAUGACUCAAGUUGUCAAUAUAUAUUUUAUUUUACAGUCAAAAUAUUGCUUUAAAGUUUAGACACCUUUGUAUGUGUAGGUAUUUGUGUACUGUGAAAUGUUGCAAGCUUUGUUUUCUGAAUGUUGAAUAAAAGCUUUCAGUAUUAUGUGAAAAUUUCCUGCCGGAAUUUUACUUGAAAAAUGUUAUCUUUCUUGUAAAAAAUGUGUUCAUAACAUUUUUCACAAGAAAGAUAAAAAAAAAUUACAAGACGUAGGGAUCAAAUUUCAGAUGUUAACUUAAGAAACAGUGUCCUUAAAGUAGUACAUUCAUUUAAUUACAAUUAUCUUGCUGCGAUAUAAAAUGUCACCUUAUUGGUCGUUUUGAUUACAUGCGUGUCCUAAAAAAAGGACAUUGGGCUAUACUACUACUGUAUGUACUGUACGGUCUUACGGCGUUAUUUAUAAACUCCUGUCAAGUCUAACAAGCCAUUGAUAAUCGUUUGUCCGUAUCUAUCAUUUAGACAUUUGUGUUUUAAAUGGUAAUAAAAUUUAACAUAAGAUUGCUUAGUUUUAUAAAGGGGUUUAGUUGUGACGUUUCACAGUAUUAGAAAAUAAACAGUAUGUCUUCCGGUUGUGAUGUCCCAUAUAUGGUAUAUAAUGUACUAUUGUACUUGUAUUUAUCAGACAGGCUUAGCCUCGCCUUAUGAUUCGCCUUGAGAGAUUGUCUUGUACAAAAUGAAAUAAUGUAUAUUUUUGUAUGAUCGUGUGAUUGGUAUACUAAUGAGAAUAGGUAUGGGUUUGUAUAUAUUCUGUCUUUGCAAGCGAAAUUAUUAGGUUUUUAUGUGUGUCCUAAAAAAAGGACAUAAUGAUUCUGUUUAACAGUAAAUAUGGAAUAAGAUUGUUUUUGAAUAAUUGACCGUAUCCAUCAGUUUUAACUGUUUUUUGUCCUAAAAAUAGGACAUUUCGGUCUUGCCAGGCCUUGUGUCAUAGUUUAUCUUUGUAUGCUUGAGCACUGAUGAGUGCAUCCCUACAUCCUUACUUUCAAGUCACUUAGUAUUGACAUGUUUGGACAGCCAACAUUUUAGAGUAGCAUACGAAAGGUUAACCUUACUUGCCAGGAAUGUACAAUUAGCUCCAGAGUUAGUUGACCCCCUGCAAACAAAUUUCUAUGUAGGAGGGGGGCGGGGGGUCAGUUAUCUCUGCGGCUGACUGUACUAUACUUUUUAUAGUAUUUUUUUGUAGUCUUGCACACCUUACCUUGACUCUUAUAAUAUAACCUUUUCACCAGUAAAUAAUGGCGUGAAAAAGGUUAAGUACAUUAUACAUAGUAAAUAGCUUUAAGUGUAUUUAAUAUAGAAGAUUAGUAUUUAACUUAAUGUAGGAAAUGUGCUAAAUUGUCACUAAAUUUUAAUAAUAGCGUGAUUUAUUAAUAUUUUAUAACUUUUUGUUGCCUUAUUGAUUAUUAUUUAUUCUAAUAAAGGAUUAUUUUUA